AACAAACACAAACACACUCUCUCCACUAUUCUCAUUUCUUCACAUAUUUCACUACACUGUUUUUUCUCCAUUUUUCUCAAAACUUCAUCAACCUCAAAACAAAGUGUGUUGUGUUUAUUGAUUGAAGAUGGAAGAUUCACAAUCUUUUGGAAAAACAAUGAAAGAAAAGAUCUUGAAACGGAAAAGGGUGAACAAAGCCUUAGAAAUUUUUAGGGACUUGUCUCACAAACUCUAUUGUGAGUACAAGUCAAGUGAAGUUAAGAACUUGAAAGCAAAAACAAAAGCUUUGCUAGAAGCUGCAAUGUUUAUGAAAGAGAAACAUCAAUGGGAAAACAGUGGAAAAAGAUUAGGGCAUGUAGAUGGAAUUGAAGUUGGUGACCACUUUCAAUACAGGAAUGAACUGGUUGUCAUUGGUCUGCAUCAACAAUUCUGCAGUGGUAUUGAUUAUUUGGGUAAAGGCGAGUUUUCUUUCGCAACUAGUAUUGUUGUGAGUGAUAAGUAUGCAAAUGUUAUGAAGUCUGGUGGUUGCUUGGUUUAUGAAGGUCAAGGUAGUAAUCCUAAUGUGAAGACAACGGCCGCGCCUCCGCGUGAUCAGAAAUUGGAAGGGGGGAAUCUUGCUUUGAGGAAUAGUAUGAAUGGUAGGAGGCCGGUUAGGGUUAUAUUGAAGGUUUUUGGGAAGUUUAAUGGGAGGGAAGAAUGGAAGAACACUGUUUCGGAUUAUUCGUAUGUAUAUGAUGGGCUGUAUUUGGUUGAUAGGAUGACUCAAGAAAGGGGACAAUUUGGAAAACUUGUGUUCAAGUUUGUUCUUAACAAAAUUUCUGAUCAAUCCGCGGGUGUUUCCUCUCGAGAUGUUGUUAAGAACCAACCCGCGAGUGUUUCCUCUCGGGAUGUUGUUAAGGAAACGGAAACUUUCUUGAAGAGACGGAGGACUAAAGGUUGUGGUCUCGACAAGGAUGUCAUUCGAAUCAAUGAUAUUUCGGAGGGGAAAGAAAAGUUUCCAAUUCGAGUGGUGACGCCAAUAAGUUGUGUGGAGAAGCCUAAACCCUUUGGCUACCUAGUCAAAAUGAGUUAUCCAAAGAUGAAUCAUUCAACACUACUAGGUGGUGGAUGUAAUUGUGAAAAUGCAUGUGUUGAUUCUCUUGAUUGUGUUUGCAUAGCUAAGAAUAAUGGUGGGACACUAGCAUAUGGUGGUAACAAGAGACUAGUUUCUCCUAUCAAACCGUCUUUUAUAUACGAAUGUGGCCCUUCUUGCGCGUGUUCAUCGACUUGCAUGAACCGAGUGAGUCAAUGCGGGAUUCAGUUCCAACUAGAAAUCUUCAAAACAAAUUCAAAGGGGUGGGGUGUUAGAACGCGAUCUUUCAUUCCAUCGGGAAGCUUUGUGUGUGAGCUCAUCGGAGAACUUGUUCAUCAAAACAACGGAAAAUCAGGAUCAAAUCUACAUGUCGAUGACUACAUAUUCAAUAUUGGUGGUGGCUUCAUUGAUGCAACUAGACAUGGAAACAUUGGAAGGUUUAUAAAUCAUAGUUGCUGUCCUAACCUAUGUAUGAAAGAUGUUAUGUAUGAUCACAAUGAUAAGAGUCUUCCACACAAAAUGUUGUUUGCUUUAAAGGACAUAGCUCCGGGUAGAGAGGUAAGUUAUGAUUACAAUUGCUGCAAGGGUAGUAUCAAGGGAUGGAGUAAUAUUUGCUGCUGUGGUUCAUCAGAAUGCAAAGGAUAUAUUUACAAUUGAAGGUUUGCCUUAAGGAGCUACUUUAGUGUCUCCCUUCGGAGACAUCUGAUAAAAUUGGAACGAUACAGAGAAGAUUAGCAUAGCCUAUGCGCAAUAAUGACACACACAAGUUGUUUUGGUGUGUAAUUAUUGUAGUAACUUUUUUUCUUAGAAACUCCUAGUAGUAGUAUGUUAAUUUGUUAGGAUUUGUAGGAGGUGGGAAUCAAAUCAGACUUGUGAGU